AUGUCGGAAAAGCCCAAUUACGUUCUUACCCGGGAUUAUCUCGAUAACAAUCGAUUGAAUCUCCACCACUACCUUAUCACCGAGCUGUUCGGAUACCACAUCCAUCCUGACAUUCCUGUCAAGGACAACAAUAAUCUUCGCAUUGCCGAUGUAGGCACAGGAACUGGGGUCUGGGUAACAGACCUAGCCCGCCGACUGCCGACCUCGGUGCAACUGGAUGCCUUGGACAUCUCAUUCGAUUCGGCUCCCCCUGCGGAAUGGCUUCCGUCAAAUGUCAAAACCUUCAAGUGGGAUGUCAAGCAGGAGAUCCCUGAGGAGCUCGAGGGCGUUUAUGAUAUCGUCCAUAUUCGGCUCUUCAUCUUCGUCCUCCUGGACUCUGAGGUUCAGCCUGUCCUUGAACGGAUUUUGAAACUCCUAAAACCGGGCGGCUACAUCCAGUGGACUGAAGUCGACAUGGGAUCCACUAGAACUGAAAGCGCCAACCCAGCCAACAGCACGGAGGCUUUGACAAAGAUGAUUCGCCUCUCAGAGGGUCGGGAUGAGCGACUACGUCCACGAUGGGUUCCCAGCCUGGCGUCUAAGAUGGCCGCCGCCGGGUACGAGAAUAUCAAGGAGGAUGCCCGCGAUGCGCCUCCCCAUCUAGCCCUGGCGCUGCAUGAUUGCAAUAUCAUGAUCCAUGAGACAUUUGCCCGGAAAUUUAAGAACCCGCAGACAGCUCAAGUGUUGAACGAACUGAUCCCCGAGGUGGAGAAAGAGACCAAAGAGGGUUCCUGUUUGUCGCAUACGAGAUACACUGUCGUGGGAAGAAAGCCUCUCGCGCAGUAA